AUGUUCGCCGCCAGAGCCACUUCCGCUUUACUAAGAUCGUCACCAGCCAUCACGGCAACUGCUCUUCGAGGUCUUUCUGCCCAACACAAUGCGUGCAUUCGGAAUGCCACUACCAUUGCCAAUCUUCAUGCAAGAGAAAUUCUGGAUUCUCGUGGUAACCCCACAGUCGAAGUGGAACUUACCGACAGCAAAGGACAAAUGUUCUUGGCCGAUGUUCCAUCAGGGGCUUCCACAGGGGAUAUGGAAGCAAUCGAGCUUCGUGAUGGCGACAAGAGUCGCUAUCUGGGCAAGGGAGUCCAAAAGGCAUGUGCCAAUGUUGUCCAGCAGAUUCUUCCCGCAGUAAAAGGAAUGAGCAGUGAGGACAUUGCUGCUAUCGACCAAAAGAUGAUUGCCUUGGAUGGAACUUCCAACAAGGCUAAUCUUGGUGCCAAUGCCAUCCUGGGAUCUCCGAAAAUGGUAAUGCCUGUCCCUUGCUUCAAUGUGAUCAAUGGCGGAGUCCACUCUGGGAACUACCUGGCGCCGCAGGAGUUCUUCCUGAUUCCUCUGGGAGCUUCUGAUUUCAAACAAGCCCUAAGAAUGGGGAGUGAGACUUAUCAUCACUUGAAGGGCCUUAUCGAUGCCAAAUAUGGUCGAGAAAGUACUGCGGUCGGCGAUGAAGGAGGUUUUGCUCCCAAUAUUGGUAGUGUUGAAGAAGCAUUGGAUCUUCUUGUCGCUGCCAUUGACGAGGCUGGAUACACUGGUAAAAUCUUUGUGGGAAGUGAUCCGGCAGCCUCUGGGUUUUAUGACCGCGAAAAAGAGGUCUACAAUUUCGACUUCAAACGCCCCUUGGCAGAACAAGAUCCAUCUCGUACCAUGAAACGGGAGGAGGUUGUCGACUUUUGGAUCAAAAUGGCGGAACAAUAUCCUGUCCAACUCUUGGAGGAUCCUUUCGACGAUCUUGACUUUGACGGACAUAAGGCUGCGACUGCCGCUUUGGGCAAAGAUGUUGAGAUUGUCGGCGACGACCUCUACUGUACAAACCCAUCCAUUGUGAGCAAGGGAAUUGAAAUGGAUGCCACCAACGCAAUGUUGCUCAAGGUGAACCAGAUUGGAACCAUCACUGAAGCUAUCAAAGCCUACAACCUCUGUCGCGACACAGGCUGGGGAGUUUUUGUGAGCCAUCGCAGUGGUGAAACACCGGAUGACUUCAUUGCAGACCUUACUGUCGCCCUUGGCACAGGUCAUCUGAAGACUGGUGCCCCUUGCCGCGGCGAACGGCUGGCCAAAUACAACCAACUGCUGCGAAUAGAGGAACGGAAUAAUGGAGCCAUUGGCUUUGCAGGAUACGAUUUCCGAAAGAGCGGCCACUUUUAA